UGAAUCCGUUUGGAACUCGUGGAAUGGAAGAGAAGGAACAUGGUCAAGGAAAAUAUACUUGCUCAAAACUUGAUUUCCUUCCUCUCCUGUUUCAAAACAGCCGAAAAAGAACGAAAGGCGCGAAGAAAAAGAGAAUCGCCACUCUGCGAAAAAGUGGAUACAGACUCCGCACACACCGCCGAGCUUCUCUUGGAAGGAAAUGGCGGGAAAAGAGAACACCGCCGAAGCCUCUGAACCGGCUUCACUGACGACGCUGUUUCUGUCUUCUUCGGAAUCGGGAAGGAUGGAAGCCAGUGAGAAGGAGGUGUGUUGGAGGAGAGAAGUGGAUACGAAGCUGAAGAGGCUCCAUUCGCUUCUCUUCGGAGCUGAUUUGGCUCUCCAGAAGGAGGAUUUCUCCUCUGCCCUAGUGCUCGGCCUCCGCCUCCUCGGCUUCCUCGACUCCAAUUCCAACACCGACGUUGACGAGGCCUUCAUUAGACCUAUUCGCCGUGACGCCCUGUCGAAGAUCGAUACAGCUCGUCGCUCCCUCGUACCCGAAUCCGAUCGCCAAGCAUUUGAACAAGCUGGACGAGAUCAUGGCCGUGUUUUUGGCAAGAGUGGAAAUAUGAACUUUGAAAAAAUUAGGCAGUCAAAGUACUUUCAAACCCUUUUUCAGCAGUCUACAGGAAGAGAUUCGAAUGAAUUGGGGGAUCCGUUUGACAGGCCGGACAAGAUAGGCUCCAAGACCUCAAAAGUCCUGGUACAAGCAAAGUUGACAUCCAUUUACGGAAACAGUAUCUCCCAUGCAAAUAAUAGUCCGCCAUCCAAGAGUUCUCUGAAUUCUAAAAGUAACAGUUCUGAGGACUGCACUAUCAUAGAAAAAGCUCACUCCUACCGCAAUCUUCCCAAAGGUCAAGGUAUCUCUACAUUUUCAUCAGUUGAGGAGGAAGAAAGAGCUCAUGGAAGUAGUAAUGGUACAAAACGUACGCACAAGGAGUUCAGUAGCCCUAGAAAUGAGAAUAUUAAGUCUCCAAAAUGUGAUGAAGAAGCUAACACUGACGUAUCUAGCAACGGAUUUGUAACUGCCAGGGCAAAAUUGGAAAUGGAUGCAAAGCACAAGCAAGGAUUAGUGGGAUCACCAAGUGCUUCUGUCUCACCACAAAGUGAUAAUUACGCAACCAAUAGAGGUUACGCUGCCAGAUCCUAUGGGUUUUCACGCCGUGGCAUUCGUGGUAAUUUUGUGCCCCCUAUUAGAUCUAAUGGGGGUAAUGCAAACAAUAUCACUUCACGUGUCGCAGGGAAGGGUGAUGACGCAUUAGAUGACUCAAUAAAGAGAUGUUUGGACAUGCUAUGUGGUCCUGAUGGAGAACUUCCUGAAAAGUUGAGGAAUUUAGAACCUCGUCUGAUCGAACAUGUCAGUAAUGAAAUCAUGGAUCGGGAUCCCAAUGUUCGUUGGGAUGAUAUUGCUGGAUUGGACCAUGCUAAAAAGUGCGUUACAGAGAUGGUGAUAUAUCCCUUAUUACGUCCUGAUAUUUUUAAAGGUUGUCGUUCCCCAGGGCGUGGUCUUCUUCUGUUCGGUCCCCCUGGAACAGGCAAAACGAUGAUAGGGAAGGCAAUAGCUGGAGAGGCUAAAGCAACCUUUUUCUACAUAUCGGCUAGUUCAUUGACAAGCAAAUGGAUUGGCGAGGGUGAAAAGCUAGUGAGGGCACUUUUUGGAGUUGCCUGUUGUCGCCAGCCAGCUGUGAUAUUUGUUGAUGAAGUGGAUUCACUUCUGUCUCAGCGGAAGUCAGAUGGUGAACAUGAAGCAAGUCGGCGACUCAAGACACAAUUUCUCAUCGAAAUGGAAGGGUUUGAUAGCGGGAGUGAGCAAAUUCUGCUUAUAGGAGCAACUAAUAGGCCCCAAGAACUUGAUGAAGCAGCAAGGAGGCGGCUUACCAAGCGGCUUUAUAUUCCCCUUCCUUCCUCAGAUGCCAGAGCGUGGAUUGUCCGUAAUCUUCUAGAGAAGGAUGGAUUAUUUAAGUUGUCAAAGGAGGACAUUGAUACCAUAUGCAAGCUAACUGAAGGGUACUCUGGAUCAGACAUGAAGAAUCUAGUGAAGGAUGCUUCUAUGGGUCCGCUAAGAGAGGCUCUGAGACAGGGUAUAGAAAUUACAAAGCUGAAAAAGGAGGAUAUGAGACCUGUUACUCUUCAGGAUUUUGAGGAUGCAUUACAAGAGGUGAGGCCUUCUGUUUCUUUGAAUGAACUCGGUACAUAUGAGAAGUGGAACAAGCAAUUUGGAAGCUUAUCGGGGUGACCGGGUGAGUAUCAUUUUGAUUAAUGUUGAAAACAGAAAAGAUAUCUGUGGUAUAUACAAACUUCUAGCAAGAUCAAUCAAUGUACAUUCACCAAUAUUGAUUUCUCUUGUGAGGUCCAUUUCACAUUCUACCCUGUACCCACUCAUAACUCUGCAGAAGCAGAAGUAGUUCGCUUCUGUUUUGUAUGCUAUGAAUUAAUCAAGCUGACAUAUAUUUCUAUACUA